AAGUCAGGUCCCAAUCCCCUCCAUCAACCCCUCCCUCCCCCAUCCUCGGUGAAAAACUGGAGCUGCUGUCCGAGAGUUUCUCAGUCUCUGUAAAGCUGCUGAAGUGGCUCCAGAGCCAUGCUACUGUCCCAGAUCCUGUAAACCCUAGGACAGGAGCUCGCUACUGGGCUGAGCAGGGUCCCGGACACUAAGGAAACAAAACCCACGGGAGCUUUAAAGAGGAGGAGAAGGCCUAAUAUCCUGGGAUACAUGAGAUGUGUGCAGCUUUAAGGACUUUCAGAGAGCCACUGGGAGAAUAAGGAAUCACGGAAGACAUCAAGAAUCAGAGGACCUUACGAGGAUCUCAAAAAAGAGAAUCAAAGAAGUGGCACUGGAUUACCUUUCUUCUAGUGUUCCACUGGUAAAACAAGCAACAAGUAAAAAAAAAAGGCAGCCAAAAACCCUGUGAGGUGAUAACAGAAGUAAUCAUGAGAGGUGUAACGUGGUGCAUGGGCACAAUGCUCUACCUCUGCAUUAGCUUGUUAGGCAAAAGCCACUCAGGAACUGAACUUCUGCAUUCUCGACAAAGGCGAGCACCAGCAGAUGACUCCAAGAAGUGUUCCUACACUUUCUUGAUGCCCCAGCAGAAGAUCACAGGUCCAAUUUGUGCAUCUGCGACUGGGCCUGAACCAGACAAAGACCGUGUAACACGUAUGGACAUUUCUGAUGUGCGGGAGAUCCUAUCCAAGCAGCGAAGAGAGAUUGAAAUGCUGCAACUAGUGGCAGACGUGGACGGGAACUUGGUAAAUGAGAUGAAACUUCUGCGCAAAGAAUCUCGUAACAUGAAUUCCCGAGUGACACAGCUGUACAUGCAGCUGCUUCAUGAAAUUAUCCGUAAGAGAGACAACUCCCUGGAACUGGCGCAGCUGGAGAACCGUGUGCUGAAUGUCACCACAGAGAUGCUCCGACUAGCCUCCCGUUACAAAGAGUUGGAGUUGCGUUUUGCAGGCCUUGCAGGCACAGUAAACAACCAAUCUGUGCUCAUCGCUGCCCUGGAGGAGCGCUGUCUACGUGGAUAUGGACGUCAAGACUUGCCAGCAGUUCCACCGCUGGUGCAGGUGGUGCCUGAAAGCAUUCCAGCCAACAACAACCGAUUCACUAAUGAGAUUCAGAGAGACAACAACAACAGAGCAUUUCCUCGGGGUUCACGAAUGGACACCCCAACGCCUGAUCCACUGGGAAUCCCACCACCCCCACAGGGCACUCUUACUGCUGAUGGCCCAUUCAAAGACUGUUCCCAGGUGCGGCAGGCAGGGCACAGUACCAGUGGGAUGUAUCUGUUGAAGGCAGAGGGAAGUGAUAGACUGAUUCAGGCCUGGUGCGAACAUAAAUUAGACAAUGGAGGGUGGACUGUUUUUCAGCGACGAAAAGAUGGCUCAGUCAACUUCUUCAGAAACUGGGAGAACUACAAGAAAGGCUUUGGGAAUAUAGAUGGAGAGCACUGGCUGGGAUUGGAGAACAUCUAUAAUCUAGCCAAGCAGGGGGACUACAAAUUGCUGGUAGAGCUGGAGGACUGGGUUGGGAAGAAGGUGUAUGCAGAGUACAGCAGUUUCCAUCUGGAACCUGAGAGUGAGGGCUUCAGGUUAAGGCUGGGCACCUACCAAGGAAAUGCAGGAGACUCUCUCACAAGUCACAAUGGAAAACCAUUCACAACCCUUGAUCGGGAUAAAGACGCCUUUACAGGAAACUGUGCUCAUUUCCACAAAGGCGGAUGGUGGUACAACGCAUGUGGUCAAACCAAUCUGAAUGGCGUAUGGUACUCUGGUGGUGUGUAUCGCAGCAAAUUCCAGGAUGGGAUCUUUUGGGCAGAGUACGGAGGCGGGUACUACUCGCUCAAAUCUGUCCGGAUGAUGAUCCGACCAAUAGACUGAGGUUCUCUAAAUGACUUCAUCCUCAUAUCAAAUCUGAAUGAGUCUAAAUUGCUUGAAUGUACUCACGUCAGCACUUAUUUAUAAUUACACAUUCAUGUUUAUAAGGACUGAUAUUAGCACACUAUAGUUGUCAUUUGUCCCUGAUGAUCAAAACACAAAAAUGAAGAACGGAAUGACCUGCGCUUUUCCAGAUAACUUAUGGGAAUCAAUCCAUCCAAAUACAAAGAUGACGAUGUUGAGAGAAACUUGAAGCUGGAGUUGAAUGUCAAUGUGGUCAAUUUCAGCAUCUUCAUGCCCAUCUCCAUUUAACGUCCUUCUCACAUAUCAGUCAAUUUCUUCUGAUAUUUCCUCGUUGUUUGGACCCUAAAACCUUAAUGAUAGUUUUGUUUUUCAAAGAUUGUCACUACUUACAAAAUGUUCUACCAAUAGGGACUGGCACUGGGCUGAACUGUUCAUCAGGCCAGGCAAGGUCUGCUUUAGGGAAGUAACGUUGGUGUGUAAAUAUACUUCAUGUUUUUGUAUCUGUGUGUGUCUUUGUAAGAGUUAAUUUAAGAACUCACCUCAAAUCUC